AAUGAUGUGUUGAUUUAUCUAUUCUAUAGUAAUAAAGGCGCUGCGGUGUGUCGAUUAAGAAAUACGGAUAAGAAAUGAGAGAAUUUUUAAAGUUAAUGGGAUGGGCUUUCAGGUAAAAAAUCAUGAAUACUAUAUAUCUUACGAUUGGCCUGUCUUACAUGCAUAACGCGUGAACAACUUAAAUUGUUUUAUUUCAUUGUACGUUCCUACAAACGGUAGACAUCAUUCACAAUAUAACCACAGGGGAAGACCGAUCAUUUAGCCUAUAUUGUGUAAAUGACGUCUUCCAUUGUAUUUUAUAAGGGGUUCUGCGGGAUGUUGGAGUACACGUGUAUUAACUGCUAUGUUAUAAACGUUUAUCAGUUGUUUUUUUAUCAGCAAUUUUAUGAUCAAACUGAUUACGUUGUUAAAGUAUAAGUAGCAGUAAGUCAACACUUAGGGACAUUCAUUACCGACCGGGCUAGUUUGCUGUGCUGUGCUAAAUAGUCAGAGGCUCUCGAAGCUUAGAGAAGACCUUACGACGGACGAACUACAAUGAAUACAACUGAGCCCCCAUCACGGGCUUUUACAACGACUGUCGCAGCUAUCAUCAUUUUAUUUUGUAUCGUUGGUCUAUUAGGAAAUAUAUUGGUCAUUCUGGCGAUUUUUAAUAAGAAGCGUCUUCGAACUUUACCCAACUCGUUCAUUGCCAGCAUGAGUCUCGCGGAUAUUGUGUACAUCACUUGCGGGGCAGCUCCGGGAGCCGGUGCUUUUAUGAACCGGGGCUGGAGCAGCGAACACAUUUGUGCGAUAAAUCAGUACGUUAUAUUAGGGUUUUGUUUUAUAUCGUUACUACACAUGGUAUGCAUAGCCGUCAGCAGGUUCAUCCACGUUGUACAUUAUACGUCAGCUGCCCAUACUUUGAACCGACGUAACGUACUUUUAGCUCUUCUCAUAACGUGGACGCUGUUGCCUGUAUUUUUAAUACCGUACCAUUUCAUCGUCGCUGGCGGCCCUUUUUAUUUACAAAAAGCAUUUCGUUGUGUCACUCUGUCCGAUAAUUCUCAAGUAGGUAUCACUGCUUUCCUGUAUUUAGUUUGCUUUGUUUUGCCCAGUGUUAUCGUUGUAGUAUGUUACGUUAAAAUAAGAACGUUUGUUAAGAAAAAGAAACAGCAAUUAUCAUUGCAUUUACGGAAGAGUGAGAAUAAAAAGAAAGAACAAACAAUAGAACCAACUUUCAAAGUGGAGAAUUGUCAAAAUGAAAAAGGAGCCGCAGACGAGCAUAGUCCCUCUGUUGCUAGCGACGCACAAGACGCGAAAACAGCAUUCUCAAUAUCAAAUGGAACGGGUAUUCGACCUACACCACCAUUUCCCGAAACAGUGGCUUGCUCGACAUAUGAUGAAACCGUCGAAAAAAGUUUGACAAACGAGGUGGACGCACAUUCCACCAAAGACCAUCCGUACAUUCCCAGUCAAAAAACAAUUGACAUCUUGGACGAUAAUGACAUAAGUGAUACGAAACCGUAUAACGACAUUCAAAAUAGUGAGAAUGAUGGUGCUCAUACGUCAAUGAGUCAGUACGCAGGUAACGAUGGUAACCUACAUAGCAACGUUACUGCCGAUACGUCAAUGAAACAAGUCAGUAAAGAGGGGUGCCAAAUUUCAACAAAUGUUGGCAAUAAUUGUGUAACUUUCACGGAAAUUUCAAACAUAAAACGCAGCGUAAACGAAAACGCCGCUAAAAGUGAUCAAGCACAAGAAAGAAGCAAUCGAUUACGCAUCAGCCAAUGCGGAUUAAAGGCAAAAUCGUCGCGAUCUAUCAGGAUACGAAGAAUACGACUGAUACGGCGGAACCCCCACUUCAGAUCGAUAAGUGACGAAGAAUUGCAGCUCAAUAGAAUGAUGGCCGUUGUAUUCGUCAUCAUCUGGAUUGGCUACAUUCCAUAUCCGCUUGUGCGUUUCUUGGAUAAAAAUGACACCACGAUUAGCGGGACUGUUUAUAUCGCCACAACCCUGUUGCUGUACGUAGCGGGCUGUUUGAACCCCAUUGUAUACGGCGUAAUGCAUAAACGCUUUCGUGCCGCGUUCAUUGAGAUGCUUACGUUCAAGUUGAUCAGUCUUAGUAAGAUAGGUAUUGUGCUAAACGACGGCACCAACUCCGAUACCAUCGACCAAAACGGAAGCGCUGAUUUAAACAUGCAAAUUCGCUCGGAAUGUCCGUAGUAUUAUAGCCGAAUUCGUUUUAGCGGCGAAAGUAAAUAAUAUAGUAGUAUUUGGACAAGUACUGUAAAUGACCAAAAUGAAUUUACAGCUUUUCUGAAUUUGUAUAUUACUUUUAAUAUCCGAGUAAUUAUCAAAAUAAUGUAAUCGUAUGUGCUGUGCGGAUAUACCUACAUAUGACGUCACUAAAUGUUUUGCCUAUGCCAGUAUUUUCAACGAAGACAUUGAUUGUCGAUUAUGAACAUAUAUUUUCAUUCGUGUAUUAAUUUAUUGAUAGGAUAAGCUAUUACUGUAUUUAUAAUGAAAACAAUCAGUUGGUAAAAGUAUUUACUUUACACUACCAGCUUUCACCCCAAUCGAUGGGGCUUCAUUAGGUGUAUUCACCAUUACUUUUUAAUGUCGAUUUUAUUCUUUCGUGGUUAUAUUUUAUGGUGCUAAGCAUUGAAAAUUACAAAGAUAGUGGUAUAUCAUGUUUAUUAUAAUUUAAAAAAUGUUUAAAUUAUUAUCGUUAUACAAUAUUUUUGUAAUAAUUGCCAUAUAUUGUAAGCAAGAACUAAUUUUGUAUAUUUUAACAUUUUUUAAAUUAGUUUAAGUACUGAGCUUUUUAAGUAACAAAUUUGUUUCGUUAACUUUUGUCAAUUGUUAAUGUACAAUAAUUGCUUUAGGCCUAUGUGUUUUUAAUGUUUUUAUAUUGAACGCACCUUGGAGAUGGGAUUCAAUAAACUAUUACAAGCCUUUUUCACAAUUGCUAAAAAAAGAAGAGUAAUAUUAUUAUUAUUUAUUGAUGUACCCAUCAGCUUUUAUUUCGUGUUGAAUCUGCCGAGAAUCCAUGGCAAUCAAACAAAAGCGGGUACAAGAUUCUUUAUUAUAUCUUUAACUGUUCCCUGCUUUAACGAUAGGCUAUGGAGGUGUCCUCCUUCAGGUCCCCUCGAAAAACCUUAAUGUAAUUACCCCGAUUCGACCGGGUUAGGCGAAGCUCUCCUCGAAGGGGAUACUACUGAUACAGAAAAAUUAUAGUUCAAAACUAAUUGCCUAUACUUUUGUUAAAUAAUCGAAGAGAUUGUUAAUUGAGACAUGUUCUUGUUGUAUGUAUCAGUUAUUUUAUUGGUGCUCACGUGGUAUAUCUCAUGGUUUGAUGGACUAAUAAAGAACACGUUAAAAAAUUAAACAUUGUAAUUCAGAAAGCAAUAAUAACCGAAGCGGCUCAGUCGCUUUGAUUCAAUAACUAGUUUUGGGCUAUUAUUAGUUAAUUACGUAGAAUAAUAUACUUUAUCUUCUUCAUAAAACAAUAAAAGAUAUUGUUCAUGUUCACACGCAUAGAAAAUGAAAUAUUAUUUCACAUUAUGUAUAAAUAAUCAUCCAGAAGUCUACUAUAAGAAAUUGAAAGUGGAAAGGAAAAGAGAAAUUUCGGAUGCACAGCUUAUGAAAUGACAUCUACUGUUAAAUUCA